CAAGGUGUGAACCAGCAGGGAGUCAGACAGUCAGUGUGCUGUCAGCCGUGGAGGGGAGUGUUGUUGCCACCCUGGCUCUGAUCUGUGUUGUUUAUAUUGUAAUAUAUCUCGUCAUUCUUAACAAGUGACAGGAAGUGAGAUAUGGAUUGAAACAAAUUGUAGCAAUAAAAAAGUCAGCAGGAUAAAUGGUGUAAGUGCAAGACAGUUUUGAGAAAAUUUGAGAGGCGGCAUAACUUUUGAAAAAUAGACAAGACAUUGAAGUGUUUGUAAUCAUUCUAACAAGCUGUUGCGGGCUGCUCUUAGGGGAGCGCUAAAAACAGCGCCCCCAGACAUGGAUGUAUGCGAGUUGAACCCUCCUUGGACCCAGCAUAUGACCUCUUCCUACACCUGUGAGGAGUUAAGUCUGGAAAACAGGAGCAGAGAAAAUGUUACACCCCUGCCAGACAAGACCCAUGCCAUACAGCAGCUCCAUGCACUCCUUCCAACAAGACCAGAUGUGGCAUUCCUGAGGACUGAUCAUCCCUUCUUGCUGCGCUUCCUAAGAGCUAAGAAAUUUAGAGUGGGAGAUGCAUUCAUUCUUCUUUGCCACUACUUUGAGUACAGACAACGUCACCGUGAAUUAUUUCGUGGAUUAAAUGUUGGAGGUGGAGUUGGCGACUCUGGUAGUGGUGAGACAGGAAUACAGUCUGCACUAUUAGAUGGUUUACCAGGGGUGCUAGCAGAAAGAGAUCCAUGCGGAAGACCUAUUAUUGUCCUCUUGGCUAGCAACUGGGAUCAUUCCAGAUAUGAUGUACGCACUGUAUAUCAGGCUGUCUUGCUAACGUUAGAACGUCUAGUAGAAGAUGAAGCUGUUCAAGCAGCAGGUGUAGUAGCAAUUCUUGAUUGGUCAAAUUUUCCAGCACGCCUCACCACUAGUUUGACACCAAAACUCCUCAGACUCAUGCUUGAUGGACUUCAGGAUGCAUUUCCUUUACGCUUGGGUGCCUUGCACAUGGUCAACCAGCCAUGGUAUGUGGAAGCAGCACUGGGUCUUGCUCGACCUUUCCUAAAAGACAAACUUCGCUCUCGGAUACAUGCACAUGGAAACAAUCUAGCUACAUUACAUAAUCAAGUACCACCAAGACUUCUGCCUGCUGAACUAGGUGGUGAAGGUGGAGAAUAUCACGCACAUACCUGGGCUGCUACCAUGCUCAACUAUAUACCAAAGCAAACCCAGCAGACUGAUGAUAGUGCUGUGCAUAAUUCCAGCUGUACAAAACCUACCAAAGUACAGACAUCCAUUGAUAAAUCAGUUUCUCUCUCUUCUUUGAAGUCUCCCAAUGAAACAUCUUCACUCAAUGAAUCAACAACAACAGCAAAUACUACUAUCACAGCUUCGCAGAGCACUCCACUGGUGAACAAAAUGACCACUACCACCCGGACAUCAGCCAGUUUUGCUUCAAUGCUUUUUGGGAACAGUGACUCUGAUAAUACUACCAAUGGGAAUAUUAGUGAAGGAGAAGAUGUAGCACUGAAAGCUCACUAGUGUCUAACCAAUGGUGAGCUGGUAAUGAGCUUACUAAACACGCAACAUCAUUAAAGCAGUGUUGUAGCGUAAGUAUGUUCAUACUUCAAGUGCAGUGCCUGUGCCCCUUCCAGUAUGUUUGAUAGAACAUUUUUUAUGAGCAUAAGCCUGUGUGGGUCAUUCAGCAUGGUGACAAAUAAAUUUCUCUAUUUAUUACCAUGCACUUUGACAAUAUACGUUUUAAAGUAAUGUGCUGAUUUUGUAGCCAGGUUUAGAAUUUUAUUUAUGCUGUAAUGAUUAAUAUAAAAAAAAUAAAGGAUGUUUUACCAAUGAUAAUUACAUAGUGCUGUUUAUCUGGAGAGGGUUUCGGGGGUCAGCGCCCCCGCGGCCCGUUCUGAGACCAGGCUGUGCUACCAUACUAUAUAUAAAAUGCACUGAAGUGACUAUAAUAGGCCUUAGUCAGGGCCAUACAAGUACUGUGUUAGCACACUAUACAGUAUCUAAAAAAUAGUUAAUCUGUAAAUUUCCUGACAUUUCAUACAGGCUUUGAAUUUUUCUUAAGUAAGCAGUCAUGAAGUGAUGAAACUAAUUGAUCUGCAGUGUAAAAAAUAAAUGUAACAGUGUUAUUGCUUCAUAAUUCUUCAAAGUAGCCAAUACAAAAUUUGUAGUGUUUUGUGACUUUUCAAAACCACAGCUGUCAUCUUUGUCUUCCCUUCAUAUGAAGCCUUUGCUGCUGCUUACAAGGCUACCCAAAAUUAGGUUAAAGUGAAUGAUUUUACUUAUUAAUGUUUUAAUCUGGGAAUUGUCAAAGUUCAGCACUUCUAGACAGUACAUCUAGUAUUCUAGACAAAUAACUGGCUAAUUUGACAGUCACCAAAACUGGUGAAGUAUGAAAAGCCUACCAUGUAUCAUCAGUCCUCACUUGGUUAAAGUGCAGUACAGUAAACAUUAUGCUCUUAUAGAUAUGUUGGCAAUAUUAAAAAAAAAAAAAUUGGGAACAGCUUUAACUUUUAAUUCCUUACAGGUAAUGGCUCAGUGUAGUAACUUUUACCCUGUGACUAUUAUAUUUUGGCUACACCUACUAUCAUACCAUUUAAUGGGCUGCUUAAUUUUCUCCACCUAAAUGUUGCUUUGCCCUUUCUCCUUUCUAUAUAUAAAUUCAUGUUCUUCAGUGUAAGUAAUGACUGCUUCACUUGUAUGAUAGUCAUGUAGAACCUUAAAUGUUUUGAUAGUUCCUUCCAUUUUUUGUUUUAACACUUUGAUGAAAACUUGGAAUGUCAGAGGAAGAUUCCCUACCUAGAAUUACGUAUCUGUUUUUCUAAAUUCGAAGCCAAAGACUAGUCAAGUUUAAGAUUAAAAGUAAUUGUUAGAUAGCUUAGUGCUUGGCUAUGCCCAUUAACAUUAGUCUGCAUUAUUAUUAAAUUUAGCAUAGUAAUACAGAUUGAAAAAGUAUGGGGAGCAAAUGGACUGACAGUUAAUAAUAGGAGGAGAGAGAGAUGUUGGGUGGGAAGGUAGAGGUAUUGGGAGGAUGGAGGGAAUAGCUUGAAGAGCUGUUAAAUGUCGUUGAAGAAAGGGAGGCAGUGAUUUCAAGCAUUGGGCAGGAAGAAGUAACAUCUUAAAGGUAAGGAGGAUCCAGAUGUGAGCAGGAAAAGUGCAUGAAGAAUGAAAGUAAAGAAGUUGAGACAAAUGGGAUUAUGAAGAGAUGUUAAAAGCUACUAGAGAUAUAGCUUUGGAGCAUUUGGUGUAUAUUAUAUGCAUAAAAAAAAGUAACUUAGAAUUGGCAGAGGGCAUGGAUAAUUCUUAUGUAUAAAAGAAAAAGGGAAUAGUGAGUAUAAGAAUUUUAGGAAAAUAAGCCUUAAGUAUACCCGGUAAAUUGCAUGGCAGAUUGAGAACUGAGGUAAGAUAAAGUAGGAUUGCAGAGCAUGGAGUUAGAAAGGGUAGGGGAUGUGUAGACAAUGUCGUGCUGAAUAGGUAAGCUAGUCAAUUAGCAAGAACUCUUUUAAAAUUGUCCUUUCUAAAAUUUUCUCUUAUAUUUAAAGAUGUAUUAUUUUUCAUUUAUGUUAAUGUAAAAAUAAAUAAUUUUGUGCCAAAAGAACCUUAGAAAACUUGCUUAACCUUAUUAUAACAAACACGAUUUAAUUUAGCCUAAUCCAACUACAGUGGUACCUCGGGAUACAAACUUUUUCCAUUCCAGAAGGCUGUUCAAGUGCUGAUACCAAAUGAAUUUGUUCCCAUAAUAAAUAAUGUAAAUUAGAUUAAUCUGUUUCAGACCCCCAAAAAUACACUUGUAUGAUUGUUUGCAUUUUGAGUUGUUCGUAUCCCGAGGUGCCACUACUUUAUUUUAAAUACAUUUACAAUAAAUUAAUAAUAAACAAUAAAAUAUAUUUUUUUUCCAUUAGGUUCAGAAAGGUUUUUGCGAAAUUAUUGCAUUUGUAAAUUUUCUUUUGCCUUAUUCGGCAAGAAGAGCGUUGCUAUUUAAGCCACUCGCAAGUUUUACCUAUUCGGCACAACAUUUAUAUUAAAGCAUACAAGAGAACAAUACUUAAAGUUAAGGAACUGUCACAUUCAUGGAUUUAGAAAAGAUAUAUGAUAGAGUUGUAGGUAGUAGGUUGGUAGACAGCAACCGCCCAGGGAGGUACUACCGUCCUGCCAAGUGAGUGUAAAACGAAAGCCUGUAAUCGUUUUACAUGAUGGUAGGGUUGCUGGUGUCUUUUGUCUGUCUCAUAAAUAUGCAAGAUUACAGGUAAGUCUUGCUACUUCUACUUACACUUACGUCACACUACACAUACAUGUACAAGCAUAUAUAUACACACCCCUCUGGGUUUUCUUCUAUUUUCUUUCUAAUUCUUGUUCUUGUUUAUUUCCUCUUAUCUCCAUGGGGAAGUGGAACAGAAUUCUUCCUCUGUAAGCCAUGCUUGUCGUAAGAGGCGACUAAAAUGCCGGGAGCAAGGGGCUAGUAACCCCUUCUCCUGUAUAUAUUACUAAAUUUAAAAGGAGAAACUUCAGUUUUUUCUUUUGGGCCACCCCACCUCAGUGGGAUACGGCUGGUACGUUGAAAGAAGAAGAAGAAGAUAUGAUAGAGUACAUUGAGAAGCAGUGUGGCCAAUGUAAAUGUAUGAAUAGGUAGUAUGUUAAAAAAAAAAAAAAAAUUGUGCAGAUAGUAAGGCUCAGGUUAGGGUAUGUAGGAGAGUGGGAGCUAUUUCUCAGUAAAAGUAGGCCUCGGAUGUCUAAAUGUGUGAUGUCCCCCAUGAUUUAUGUACAGAUGAGGUUGUUGCAGUUCAGUGCCCUCUAAAUUGUGAUGCCAGUGUCCUUCUAGGAGGACACUGAUUGAAUGAGUUGCAAUGAACAAUUUUUCUUAUUUUUUUGAGAGGGGGUCACCCUAUCUCAGUGGAAGAUGGCUAGUGCAUUUGAAAAAAAAAAAAAAAAAAAAAAAGAUUGCAAUAGAAGUGAAUGCUAGGGUGUUGAGAUGUGUGGGAUUAAAAGAUAGUGAAUUUGAUAAAAGAAAAAAGGGGGGGGGGAGUAGUUAAUGAUUGCUCUUUACUGAUUACUGUUCUUUAGGAUCUCUUUAAAGUUGCUGGAGGAAUUUUGGGAGGUAUGUAAAGGAAGAAAAUUAAAAGAAUGUAAGAAAGAGCAAGUUGAUGAAAGUAACAAAAAAAAAUACAGGUAAUGAAAGAUUGGAUCCAGCUGUAGGGGGGAAAUAUGGAGGAAGUGAAUGCAUUUAGAUAUUUGGGAGUGGACAUGUUGACAGAAGUGUCUUAUGAAAGAUGAGGUGAACUACAGAAUAGAUGAGGGAAAAGGAGAGGAAAAAAAGUGAAGUGUUGAGGCAUGUGUGGAACAAAAAUUUUCCAAGGCAAAAUGGGAAAUGGACCAGAGUAUAGUGGUACCAACACUUGUAUAUGGUUGAAGCAUUGGGUAUUUUAAGUAUUACAGCAAAGAGGAGGCUGGAGACAGUAGAAAUAUUAUAUUUGAGAGCAAAGUGUAACAAAUAUGUAUAGAAUUUGGAGCAUAGAAAUUAGGUGGAGCUGGGUUUAAAAAAAAAAAAAAAUUCCGAGGGCUGAAGAAGGGUUGUCGAGUUCGGUCUGAACAUUUAGGGAAAGGAGUGGAACAGGAUGACAAUAUAAAUCUGGGGUGGAAUGGAGGAGAGGAAAGAUUUGAACUAGGAUGCGUGGUAAAUAGGGUUUUAAGGGCCAGAGCAUCCACCAUCCCCACCCCUCUGAAGGAGUGAGGGUGCUACCGUUUUGAGGGAUACUUUAACUGCACACUCCUGGAUAGACAGCUAUUGAAUGAGUGAUGGUGAAUGUUUCCUUUAUUUAGGUCACCCUACCUCCAUAAAAAAACAGCCACUGUUAAUAAUAAAAUUUGCAAAAAUGAACACUCACCAUAUUAGGUAUAUUGUGAAGCCAUAACAGUGCAUCCUUGUCGGUAGAUUCAAUGAUCAAAUAUUCUAAGUACGAAUAUACAGUACAAAUAUCCGUAUAAACGACUUUUUUGAAAAACACAAUGUUAAUGCUUAACUAUUGUAUUGAUUAUAAGUGUGCUGAAUUUUAAAAUUAUCUAAUUUGCUUAAAGUGUAAAUUGGCUUUACCUAAAUAUGAGGCUCCCUUCAGGCCAGGACAGUGCAAGUGACAAAUAAGUAAAAAGUAAAAAUUAGUUAUUUCCGUGUUUCUAAAUAGUAACUAACUAGUAAAUCUAUUCAAAUUUUUGUCAUCAAUUUUACCAUAGCACAUUUACAAUAGAAACUGAACACAAAUGAAAAUGUACAUUGGGGAAGUAAACCCCUCAUAAUGUAGGAGUUGCAUUCCAGGUGCUGCAUGUUCCUACAAGUGUGGUGGUAUGUUGUGUUCCCUCCCCUCCAUGAUGUAAUAAUAAUGAGCAUUGGCUUGUAACGUAAAAUAAGCGUUAAUAGUUACGUUCCCGAAAACACCAAAGUUACGAACACCCUCUUUUUUUUUUUUUUUUUUUUACUAUUAAGUACUACAGUAUAAUUUGCUUUACAUUGUUAGUUGGUACUCGAGGUAUUGCAAGAGUGAGGAUGAUUAAUGUGGAUGUAGCUACUUGGUCAGCUGAUGUACUCUCCAAAAACCUUUGAAAUCAAGUACACGUGUUAAUUUUUUAAACCAUAGAGCACUGAACUUGCUCAGUUUUAUAAUACAUAACUAUCUUCUUAUCUGAGCUCUAAGGGAAGCACCUUUCUGGGAUUUUCAACCCAAACACCAAGUAACUUAUCAUACAUAAUUGUAAUGAUCCCUGAGAUUCUUUUGAACGGUGACAUUCUGCACUACUUAAUCCCAGACACUCGCUGCUUCUCACUGUUCCUACUUUAUGAAAAAGAUUCAUUCACACAUUUCAUGGGCAGUUUCCAUUGCACAUACACCACCACUAAGUAUAUGUAGCACUCUUUUUAAAGACCAUCAUAGAUUCCCGCUUAUUCUUAGCACCUCUCACAUCAAUAAUAUUCCUCUCAAGUGCCAUAGUUGAGGCACUCAAAAUAGGUCAAUAAAUAUAGAUCAUGGUUAAUGGGAGCUAUUGGCAAAGGAAAGAAGUGUGAAGGGUAAACUUGUGAGCUAACAAGGAAAGUCGAAGUUGGUGUAAGAUGGGUGUUUGCAUUGAAGGUAGGGCUUUCUAAAUGAAGAGCAGGCAGAUUAAGAUGCCAAAAUAUUGGUGGGCAUUAAAUGAAAUGUGUGCGCUCUGAUAAAUUGUACAAUCAAAAUGUGUGACUUUGGACAAGACCUGACUAAGUUGCACAGAGGUGUGGGGUCUCUCUCCAUGGGAUAGUAGUCAUGCAUGAUAAAUACUCACUUGCAUGAGAACAGCUCCCAAACGUAACAGUGGUGGAAAGAAAUCAACCAACAACUCUUGUGGUUUGAUCAUUAACAGCUUGUUCUCUAACCGAACCAACAAUGCUGCCAUCAAUCCCAAAUUCUCAUAGACGACUGGAAAAUAGUUUGCCAGGGGCAGAUCCUGCAAGUAGUAGACAGGGUCUGAGAUAUUCGCAGUGAGGCAUAUAAUGCUCCUAGAAUACAAUAGUAGGUAGUGUGGGUUGCCAGUGGGAGAGGAAGAGUCGUGUAAUAUGGCCUGUAGUACUCAAAUUUUACAAUUUUAUGAAAACUGUUAUACCAGUAUUUCAUGCAUCCAGUUUAUUAAAUUUACUGUACAUUUCGGCAUAAAGGCUCCUGUGCAUUACUCAGUUUUCUGGUUUCACAUUUUGAAAAUGCAUUAAAACCAAGAAACAUGUAAUAGUUUCAAAUGCAUUUACUGUGCAUGAAGAAUAUAUCAGUAAAAUUAAUAACUACAUAUUAUAAAGGCACUUUUUUAACACCAGCCAUCUCAACCAAAGCAGGGUGACCCAAAAACAUUCAGCGUAGGAUGACUAAAUUAAUACAUAGCAUUAGAAAUCUUCCUUAUGAAGAAAGAUUGAAGACUCCUAAGUUACAUUCACUUGUUAGACGAAGAAUGAGGGGAGACCUGAUCGAAGUGUAUAAGUGGAAGAUAGGUAUUAAUAAAGGGGAUAUUAAUAAGGUCUUGAGGAUCUCUCUCCAAGAGAGAACCCACAGUAAUGGAUUUAAAUUAGAUAAGUUUAGAUUUAGAAAGGACAUAGGAAAGUAUUGGUUUGGAAAUAGGGUAGUUGAUGAGUGGAACAGUCUACCUAGUUGGGUUAUUGAGGCUGGGACUUUGGGUAGUUUCAAAUCUAGGUUGGAUAAGUACAUGAGUGGGAGGGGUUGGAUUUGAGUGGGACUUUCACAUCAGAGCUUAUUUCUUGGGUGGCAUUGAAAAUUGGGUUGGGCAUACCUGCCUAGUAUGGGCCAGCAGGCCUCCUGCAGUGUUCCUCCUUUCUUAUGUUCUUAAAAAAAGAACACUUCCACUAUGCCUGUUUUGCCAUAGGCAUGCCGACUUUAUUGCUCAGAUGUCCCUCCAAACUGCAAAUAUCUCUACCUCUCCUCUGGGACUCAAGUCCAGCUAACUAGUUUUCCUGAAUCCCUUCAUAAAUGUUACUUUGCUUACUCAAACAACAUGUAAAGUCAUAAAAACCACAUGCUUCCACUAGCUCCUAUCUGACAUGCUCUCACACACGUCUGUUGGAUGUUCAAGCCCCCUCACGUACAAUCUCCUUUACCCCUCCCACCAGCCUUUCCUAUGAUGACCCCUAUCCCUCCAUGGCAGAUUUAUACACCCUCCAAAUCAUUCUAUUUGCUCCAUCCUCUCAAUGUCCCAACUACCUCAAUAACCUGUUUUUAGUCUUAUGGACAGUACUUUUAGUAAUUCUGCACCUAAUACUCGUCUCCAAACUACGAAUUCUCCACAUAAUAUUCACACCACACAUUGCCCUCGGACAAUAUCUAUACUUCCUGUAGCUGCCUCCUCACUGUGGUGUUUAAAACCCAUUCUUCAUGCCUAUGAGUGUUUGUACCAAUAUACUGUGGAAUAUUCCAUUUUUGCCUCCAUGGGGACCUGUCCUGGCAAACCUACCUGAACAUGAACUUGCUUCCAUGGUUACUGUAAAUGCAUUGUUUGUUCAGUAAAAUUUAGUUCUUACAAACCUGGUCUUAAUUGUCGAGACUGAUGCAUUACUGGUUUCUUCUCUGGCUAAGAUAAAGGCUUUCAAUCAGGCCUUGGGCAUGAUCACUCCUCAUAAUCAAGAAUUUCUCUUAGCUAAGUAACGAGAUCACUGUUUAAUUUGGAUCAAGCUGUUUGUCAUCGAAUUAUUCUUCAGUAGGAUGAAGGAGAUGCUGGCUUUACAUGAUCCGAGGUUAAAUUUUAUUAGUUAUUCACAUCGUUUUGGUCUGGAAGGGAAGAUUGCCUCAUUAUGAUAAAGUACUAAACCCACAAGGGUUAUACAGCAUUGCCGUGUAUUACUCUGCUAAUAUGCAAUAUAAUGCCAUUAUCUUAAGACAUUAAAGAGUGAGUUUAUAUGCCUUGUAUGUUACUGUAUUACAACAAUCUGCUUCAGAAUCUCCCAAAUUUGGGAAAUUAUUUUAAAAAUUGAAU